AUGGACCAUGAGAAUGGAUGCGAUGUCACCUUUUCUUCAACUGAUAAAAUUACGUCAACAGAAAACAGUAUACAGUCCGGUUGCAUCACAAAGCCGGUGGUCGACCGUCACGUUCGUCUAUCAACCCCAAUCGAUACGGAAGUCGCUGCAAUGGACGAAGAUAAGAAAGUAUUGUAUGCAAGACAAAAUCCAGAAGAAAAUACCGCAGACGACAGUGCCGGGUCGACGGUUCCAUCGACUCCAGAAGCAAAUACCGAUCCCGAGAUGGAGAAACCUUUCGAGAAAUGUCAACAGAAGCUGGCAGAAGAGAAGGCGGCGUAUAAUGUACAGAAACAAUUGGAAUCUCCUGCAGAUGAAACAGGCGAUAUUAUGGGAGAAGUUGAAGGUACAGCUCUCAAUGGCACUGGAGGGGGCGGAUGUGAAGCGGACGAAAGUGUGGAAUCGAACGUCGCGAAGGAAAUGGAACAACCGACUUUGUCAGCUCGAUAUGAUGAAUGUUUAGAGAAAAAAAUCGAGCAUAGUGGUGUUUCGCAGAAUACAGACGAUUCGCAAACGGACCCAUCCGGCAAUUUAUUCCCAAUUAAAAAUGAAACUUAUUUCACGGAAGCCGAAGACAAGGUUUCCAAUGAGAUAAGUCAUGCUAAAGACAGGGAAUCUUUGGAGGAUCAUACGGAUACCGGUGGGUUUCUCAUGGCGCAUGAAAAGGAACAAUCGUCAUUGAGUUCUACAAUGGGAAACCAGCACAAAACCGUUAGCUGCAUACCGAGCAACGUGUCUGUGAAAGAAGAAUGUAACAACUCGGAAGAUUUGUGUCCUAGUGCGGAGACCUCAACGUUAACAAAUCUUACUCAUGCAACGAAAAAUAGUGAAGAAAAUAAUGAAAGUGUAAAUAUGACUUCUUUAAAAACGUCUGAAGCUUCUGAAGCACAAGAUACAUCUUUCAUAGCCGUCAAAUCUGCAGGCACUAACAUAGAAUCAAACGAAACAAUAAAAUCGGAGCCAAUUAUUAGAAAACCGCUUUCCGAUCCAGAAUAUAAGCACAAUAGUCCUGUCAGUGUCACUAACGAUAGCGAUAACCAUAGCAACAUCAAGCUAGAGUUAGAACGAGAAGAAGAAGAAAUGCCAUUACAAAGCUCGCAUGAAAGGAGCAGAUCAGCGUCACCAUUGGAGGAGGAAGGUAUAACAAAAAUCAAUCAUCCGUCGACGGAAUGGCCAAGUUCGUGCAUCAAAGAUGUGAAUAUAUUGAAUAAAGAGCGUAUAACAAAUAUAAAACAUCUGGAAGAUACAAUUAUAAAUGGUGGAAGUUCAGGGACUUUGACGGGAACUAGUAAGAAUGAUUUUUCUGACGCCGGAUUGAAGAGAAGUGGGUUACUUGCAAUGAGAUGCAGUGAAGAAAACGAGGAUAACAGCCAACCUAGUAAUUCAAAACAGGAGCCGCAGAGCAGUGGCAAUCAAGAAAUGGAGUGCACAGUAGAAAAUGAAACGAAUGCAGAGCGCGUGAUUGCUGCUGGUGGUAAUACGUUGAAGCGGCGUGCGUCAGACACUUCCAUAGAGCAAGAAGACAAACAAAGAAGGAGGCGUAUGUCGAGUGGUGAAAUACAAUCCAAGCAGAUAAAGCUGGAUGAUCAAGAGUUUGUAUCCUCAAAUGUUGGUAACGACGAUAGUUUACGUGCAACAGUUGAUAACGUCUCUCCUGGACGAAAUGAUGCUAGUUCGCGGGAUUUAAGCCAUUGUGAGCAACAUGAUCCUGUGAAAUGUUCUACAGUUAGUGAUACUGUUCGCAUGAUAGACAACGAAAAGACCCAAGAAUCGGAACCUUACUUCAUCAAUGAAAAGUGUGAUGAGGAAAACAACCCCAAUAGUUCGACCGAUUUUGACAAGUCGUCCCUUUCCAUUGAAUCGUUGGCUGAACAAGAACUGAUGCGGCCAAUGACGCCACGUGUACCAAAAGAACUGGAAGAACCUGUGGAGAAUUGUGGUGAUAAAUCUCUUGAUAACGCUGCAGAUGACCGCGAUAUUCAGUUGGAAGAGGCGGAUGGCAAUAGUAGCAGUAGUAGCAACAGCUCUAGUUCUUCGGACAGCUCGUCGUCAUCAUCCUCGUCUUCGUCUUCUUCAUCAGAAAGUGAUAGUUCCGGCGAUGAGGCAGAUGCAGGCGAGAAUGAAAUUCGCCCUGCAAAUCAAUCGGUUUCGGCCUUUGAACAAUCGCUGGCAACAGAGACGGCGGGAGGUAUUGUUUCGACUAUUCCGGAAACAGUACGACAAACGGCACCAUCCGAUCACGACUCUUCGGAGGAAAGUUCUAGGGACAGCACGGCGAUGGAAGUUGAUGAGUCGGCGGAAUCCGAUGAAGAAAGGCCGGGCAAUGGGGAGGAUGAAGCAAAAAUUACUCGAAGCGAAGGCUUGAAACUAUCUAUAUCGCUGAAACGUUCAUCGACUGUGGUGACACCAAGCAGGGGCGAGGAACAGCCAAAAACAGCAACGGUGGCCAGUGCAGUUCCUCCACCUUUACAGCCAGUUGAUUUCAGCAAUAUACUGAAAAAGGGUUUACUGUUGAACGAAAGUAAGGAACUUAUCAAGAUAGACUAUAAUCAGGUACCUGUGAUGAAUUAUUCGCAUCAGGUAGCGUCUCCCAGUGAGCCUGCGAUACUCGGACCACUGAUAGAAAUCGAACCGGCAAAGCAAAUACCACAUCUGCUAGCGUGUAGCAUCAAAAGCAGUAUGUCAGCUGGAAACAUUUUAAAGAACACCUUGAUGGCGAAACAUUUAAGCAGCGUUGGACAAGUUAGCGGACCGGUUUCGUUACUGAACACUUCAACCCAGGACGAAUCAUCGGAUACGAUGGAUGAAGAUAAUCGAUUGGUGAUAGCGGAAAAACAGCGCCGCAAUCGAAAAAAGAAUAAUCAUAAUCAUUCGUCAGCAACUACCGCGAACCAGAUAAACUCAAAUCUCUAUCCGAUUCAUCAAGUGCAGCCAGAUUUACCUCUUCUUGCUAUUUGUCCUACGUAUCCUGGCUAUUCCACGUUUCCUGAUGUUGGCGGGGAAAGAUUGCAACAUAGUAUGAACAACACGACAGUAAACCAGCAAUCUAAGGCAAAAAAUAAGAAAGUAUCCAAUAUCACGCGGACAGGGGACCGUAAAAAGCGGAAUCAAUCAAAACCUACAGUUGGUACAGAUGGCACAGCAGUGGACGAUAAUUCCCUUAUCGAUGCAACUAAAUAUGCGUAUUCGGUAGCUCUUACGCAUUUGAAGCCGCGAAAAUCGAAUAAACCGGUUAAACAUCACCAAUCAGAUCAACUCACGGUUUCGCUUCCUUCGAAUCCAGCAAACUUCCAAAGUAAAACCACCAUCAACAUGUUACCAGAAUCCAUGGCAAAUCCCCAGCAUGUUCCUCCGUUUCCGCUAUCAGAUAAAAAGAAAGAUAAGAAGAAGGUGUUCCUCUGUUCGCCUUGCGGAGGCACACAUUACGAGAAUUGGAAUUUGUUUUUACAUAUGCGGGAGGUACAUCGCAAGCACAUUUGUUUGUACUGUUUGGGUAUUUUUCCAUCGGCUGAACGGUUAGUGAAUCAUCUCGGUACAAAACACGGUGUUUUGAAAAAGCAUCAUGGCAGUUUGGAGGAAUAUUUGAAGCAGCGGUAUCAUGAUCAAGAUCGAAAAGUGCCAUUGGAUGGUAGCGCGAAUCCGCCGUCAUGUGGCCCGGAUCAUAAAGCCGAACAGCAACCAUUUUAUCUGAUGUGCACACGUUGUGAGCAUAUGCUUGAAAGCACCAGCAACGAUUUGCUCGACAAGGAGGAACAAAUCCGUGGGCACGAUUGCGCCAACUACCUAGAAACAUGUAACAAUUGUGGGCAGUUGAAACAGUCCAAGCAUCGGUGUGAUGGAGCGAACGGCAUGAUAGUAAGUGGCAAAAGGAAAACGUUAAAAAAGCCCGUUAUGGGUGUCGGUGCGCCACUCGAAUCGAAUAGCAACGGGCCUUUAGCAACCAGCACGAAAGCGAAUGGGAAUGUGUUAGGGAGUGAUACCACUAUCGUUACCGAUGAAUUCACACCAUUGAAAGGAAAGCCUUCAAAAGGAAGCAGUAAAUCUUCGAGCAGGAAAAAACAACCUCCUGCACAAAAUAUUGCAUUGCAACAAGAAAAACAUCAGCAACAACAGUUUGUUGGUAGUUCUAUUCUGCAAACACAAUUGCUACGGGAUGUCAAACAUACACUGGAACAGCCUGCAAGCGAUGUGGGGUACGUGACCGCUUUUCAUCCUGGCUUGAGCAAUGUAGAUCCUGCACAAGUUCACCGUACCCCGGGAAGUAAUGUUUAUUUGCAGAGUCGUCCUCUGUUGAAUGGAAGUUUAUCCCACCAUUCGGAAUAUGUGGCACCUAUCAUUUCUUCUACUCCACCAUCUAAUGAACCUGUCACAGCGGUCGGCAAGUUGCUACCCACUGUAUAUCAGCAAGUUAGUGAACCGCAACCUCCGCCGGCAGUUACUCCUCUAGUGCCAAAAUUGAAGGUGAAAAUACCAAUUCAGUAUCUUACGCCGAUGGAAAGCGAAGAAUCUUCCGUUGAAAGUGACGAGGAGGAAGUGGAUGAGGAAGAGAACGAAGAAGACAUAGAAGAAGGGCAAGAAAAUGAAGCAAUUGAAGAAGAGACGGAAGGAAAUGUCGAGAUGAAUGAAACGAGGAUAAAAAACGAGAACGAGGAUGCCGUAGAAAAAGAACACCACCUAGCAAGUGGCGCUAUUCAUCAACCAGAAACAUCAGCGCGGCAUCUCGAACAGCCAAACGAACCAUUCUUUGAAAGCAAAAAUGAUAACCAGAAAGAAUUUGAACAGGCACAACAAUCACAUCAGAACGCAGCUAAUACGGAAGAUGCUGUUUUGCAAGAACCAGUUCCAAUGGACAUCGAUGAGAGCUUAAUGAUAGCACGAAGACGAGAUGUUCCGACUAGAAAAUCGCUUGAUAUAAACUCCUCGCUUGAAAUUGUUCCUCCUGUUGCAGAAUCCUCCACAAGCAUGGAAGAACCCACAUCUACGGACCAGGAGUUAAAUUGCUAUCCAUCGAUACUAAGGACAGAAGAGGAAGAGCUGCCGAAAGCGCACCCAGUUGAAAUGGAAAUUAAUUCUCUUAAAAUGGAGAUCAAUCAGUGUAAGGGAUUCGAUGACGAUGUGACAACAGAAAAUGCAAUUACGGUGAAUGAACCCACGGAACAAUCGAUGAUUAAUGAGAUGAGGUCUGAUAUGAAGAUGGCUGGUGAGGAAGUUGGCACAUCGGUCAGUGCCACCCAUCCAACCGACGCAAGCUCUGUAAAAGAUCAACUUAUGAUUGCCGAUAGUGACGCUCAACUAUUCACCCUUUCGCUAGACGAACCGCUUGACCGCAUCUCGAUUCGGGAGUUUCUUAGGAUAUGUUUGCGUGAAACGGUUCCAUUUUGUCUGUAUUGCAACCACGCCCGGCGUAUAGCCGUUAAUGGCCGUCAGCUGGUCCUCCACAUCAUCGCCAUGCAUCGAUUCCAAGCCACAGUCAACAGUAUCACGGGUGAAGAGUUAUUGCCCGAAACGAUUCUACAUCGUUUACUUAACUCACUGGACGAGCUCGAAACGGAUCGUGCGUACCUGAACGUGGAAACCUUCGAUAACUCUUGGACAACGGAGCAACGAACUGCGGUACCUUUCGCGAAGGUUUUCGAGUGUUUCCAGUGUCGAUUCGUAACGGUUGUGCACAAGGAGCUGUACCUGCACAACCGCAAGAUGCAUCAAAAGUCCGUGCUGCUCUGUCUGAUGUGUAAAGGCAACUUCUUCAGCUACAGCGAACUCUUGUGCCACAUGUGUCCGGGUGUUGCUAAUCAUACCACCGCUUUGGAUUACGUGUUUCGAUGCUGUGUGUGCAAUGUGGAUGGCAUUCCAUCCGCCUUUCGAUUGAUGGUCCAUUUGCGCAAACGGCACUACACCUGUGAUGUUUGCUUGGAAGAGUGUCUUGAUCAAAGCCGGCUCUCGAACCAUGUGUGGAAGCACAAACUGCAUCAUCUGUGUUAUCGGUGUGGCAUCGGCUAUCGCAACAAGGCGGACAUAUUGAAGCAUCUGUUCUGGAAGCAUGGUACGGAGGGUGUAUUCUGCAAGCGGUGUCUGCAGAAGAAAUGGCCCCAUGUGUAUCAUUUUUGCGUACCACCGGCACAAUUCGUUUGUGAGGUAUGUCAGACCACGUUUAAUCGGUCAGUUGCGUUAAAAGUGCACCGGCGCCUGCACAGCGGCGAUGCUAAGUAUCCUUGCAGUGAGGAUGGCUGUGAAAAGCGGUUCAUCUCGAAGAAGCUUUUGCUUAAGCACAUAGAACGGCAUUAUGUUGAAAAAUCCGAGAUGGAAAAAGAGCACAUCAACGCCAGUGUGGCAGUGAAUCCUCUUCCAAGCAUUGACGAGGAAGCCCAUGAUGCGAAACUACCUUCGAACGAGGAUGCGACAAUACCGGGCGAAUUGGAAGAAAUUUCAGCCAUAGCUACAUUGAAGACUCAACCGCAGUCGAACGAGUUAGAAGAAACUGUGUGCGCUCCGAGUUCGGAAAAUCCACCUUCUGAAGGUGACGCCAGUGGCGAAGUAAACGUUCGUUCUACGGAAGAUACAGUAGAGAAAGGAACAAUUAAGAAGGAGGAAAUGGACACAUCCAACAACACUGAAGAUAACAAAGAGCAAGUGCCGAGUGUAUUAACUGGAAAGGAAUCGGCAACAGAACAAGUAUCCACUGAGGGUGCAGCAGUAACGACCGAGUUGAAGGAUGUGUCAACUCCGGUAAAGAAAUCCAAGAAAAAACGAAGAGCAAAGGACGACGAUAAGUCCGUAGUAGAUCUGAUGAAUUUGCCUGCUUUGAACCUUUCCGAGAGUGAUAGUAGUGACGAUUCGGAUAACGAGAACUCUAAUACUAGCUUGAGCUCCAGGCGAUUUAUGAACAUCGCCGAAGCAGAAGAAGGCGAUCAACAGGAUGAUCUCAUGGAGUCUGUGCAAUCCUCAAAGGCAGUUGGUGCUAGUGCUAUGGAUGCGGAGUCGAGUGUUAAUGAUCAUGAUAAAGCAGAGACUAGUGUCCCGCCGCAAUUGGAGAGUGAAGCGAACGUAGAUGAAAUGACAGAGCAAAACGAAAAAUUAUCUCAAGACUUACCGGUUUCGUUAGAUCCGAUUGCAAAUAUAUGGAACAAUUUCAAACGUUAUCAGGCUAACCAUCGGACGGCCAGCCGGAAGCAGUCCGCAGACGAAGAGCAGCGAUUAGAAGACGAACUGGUCGAACGGAUGUUGAAAAGUACGAUUCUUCAUGUAUCUCAAUCGGAUCACGAUUACUGUAUGCUGUUUAAGCCUAUUAUGUCGGAGGCAGAGCUGGAAGCCGAACUACAAACCAAACCCCCGCAGGAAUCGCUUCUUUUGAAAGGAAAUCGAAUUUUUGAAGAGGGUGCAGAAGAAGCGGGCCGAACACCCGAAAUGAAGAGCCAGGGUUCCAGCAAGCGCAAAGAAAAUCAAUCAUCGGAUAGUGAAGAUAGCAGUGAUUCCGAUUCAAGCUGUGAAUGUGGUUCCAACUGUAGCUGCAGCUCGAGUUCCAGCAACAGUUCCAGCUCCAGUUCGGACGAUUCAGACAGCUCGGAUAACGAAGAUGCUAGGAAAGGCAAAAAGAAGUCGUCCAGUGCUGAUCUAUCCAAAAAAGAAGAAAAUAAUGCCCCGAUAACGGGCGCUGAAGUUCUCGCGCAGUCCGAGCAGGAGGAUGUGGAAGAACUGCCACCACCGGAACCGGUUGAUCCGGACAGUGUGAUUGUUGACUCAGACUUGUAUACGGAGGAGUCAGAAACGGACGAAGAAUUUUAUGAUGAACAUCCACAAAAGCUUGCCAAUCAGCUGCUGGCAGAGAAGCGCCGUCAACUGCUGGCACAGACGGGUGCUACGAAUGCUAUGAUGAACUAUGGCAUGGUGGAAAACAGUCGACCAUCAACGCCUUCGCUACCGCCGGAGGAAAUGGUACAAGGGAAGAAGAAAAUUAAACCGAAGAAACGUAAACGCGACCGAAAGUCCUCGAAGCGUUUAAUGUCACCGGCGAGCGCACUGAUUGAACAGCCGGUGCCGGUCACCGCCACAGUCGCACCCACGAUGGAUGUUGCUUCCUACAUACCCCAACCCGUCCCUUACCAGUGGCCGGUAGGUGAUCAACAGUUGUCGAAUUUUGGUUCCAACGUAUUCAACGAUGCAAAUACGUCGAAUAUGGCUACACCAGCGGUUCAGCAUCUUCAUCAACAGCUGUUAAUAGCUCCAGUGAUGGCGCCAUUGGAGACACUGCCCGUACUGCCGUCGAUUCCUGUUCAAUCCAUACAACCAACACUCGCCGCCAAUGAAAUGGGAAAAAUCAGUGCCCCACGACUCAGUACGGGCAACAGUUCGGAAUCGGAUGCACCAUUGAAGCGAUCGCAACGGAGCCGAAAGCCGAACAAGUUUUAUGGAUACACAAGCGAUGACGAAAGUGCGGGAACCUCGGUACCCCUGCCAGCCGGCAUUACACUGUCGACAAAUCCGGAAAAGUCGAUCCUAUCGCUAAUGAAACCAACUCCACCACCGAACCUAGUGUGGAGCAAGGAGGAUCUUCCAUCACCUCCAACCAAAUCCAGCAAGACGACAGGAAGCGGUGCUGGUGGUAGUAGUAAGAUGUCAUCCUCGUCCUCCGGUCAACGGCGCAGCAUAGACCAUCUUACACCGGUAUCGUCGCGAAGAAAUUCUGGUGCUGGUAUGUCGCAGGACGAGUUGAGCGGCGUACCGCCUACGGUUGCGCCGAUCGAGCAACAACCGAUCAUCUAUCCACUGCACACAGCAGCGACAAUGGUUAGCACGUUGCUACCAGGGUCGGAUGUUAGUACACCAACCUCCCAGCAUCAUCCUCCGUUGCCGAAGUUGAAACUGUCGCUAGGCAAAAAGGCAUCCAUUGCUACCGUUACACCUAAAAGUGUAAAGCAGGCUGGCACUAGCAGGCGCCGCAAACCAACAUCCAAGACACCGAAAGUGAAAACACCCAAGUCUGCACCUCCAGUGGUUAAAAAUUUGCAAACUUCAAUGGCGCUUCCGAUGGCCAACGUUGGAUCGGGUCCGUUGUCGGCUCCACUCGUACCACCAGCAGGCGCCCUGUACCAACUUCCAUCCGUAGCAGAGUCACGACCAAAAAUACCACCAAUCGGAUCGUUUCCCAGCAUACAGACGAACCUGUUUCGGCCGAAUCAGAUCCGCGUCCCGGCAGGGUGGCGUGCUCCGACGGAGGGCGAAUCCGUGUACUGUUACUGUCGCGCUCCUUAUGAUGAGGUAUCGGAGAUGAUCGCCUGCGACGACGACAACUGUCGCAUCGAAUGGUUCCACUUUGAAUGCGUGGGUAUCAUUAUGCCCCCGAAGGGCAAAUGGUACUGUCCGGACUGUAAGCUGAAGCAGGUUCAGACGGGUGUGGUAGCACCGUCAGAUGUUGAAGGUGGUGAGCAGGAAGCGUCGGAAAGAACGCUUCUCCCUGGUGGAGAUCAGGGAAUGUCUUCCUUUGCUGCAGCGGCAUCAACCAAUGGGUCCAGCUUAGCACAACCAUCCUCCGCCUAUAGCCACUGGGGUCAACAGCCAUAG